AUGAAUCCAAAGCCCCAUCGCCUAGCGCACUGGCCGCCCAUAGUGAGCCGGUUCUUGGGCUAUCGCUCGACGCCUACUGGUCCAUGGUCCCCUCUCCCCUUUCCACCCUUUGCAUGGCUUCCACACCUGCCAUAUAUCAUGGAAAAGUACAUGUUUGGCUUCAUAGGGUCCUUUGUAUCGCUGUUCCUCAUUCAACUAGCCAUGACGCUACCUCAUUCAGCAUUCUCGUCAGUCUAUCAUUCACCCAUUAUCAUUGGAUCGUUUGGUGCAUCGGCCGUCCUCGUGUUUGGAGCCUUUGAAGUACCUCUUGCUCAACCUCGGAACCUCGUUGGAGGACAUUUCAUCUCUGCCCUGAUUGGCGUCUGUCUCACCAAGCUAUUUGCCCUGGAUCCUGGGUAUCACGCUUGGGUCGAUGAAGCGGACAGAGGCGUUUUUCACGUCGUGGUGAUUGUCAAUGGCUGUCUAUCCAUGGCCCUGGCACUCCUAGCUAUGGAUCUGCUAGGGGUCAUACAUCCUCCAGCCGGUGCGACAGCCCUUCUAGCAGCUGUAUCACCUUCUGUUGUCCGACUCUCAUGGCACUACUUACCCGUCAUCAUCGUAUCGAGUCUCAUCAUGCUCGGUGUGGGGCUGAUCAAUAACAAUGUGGGCAGGAAGAGGUACCCAAUGUACUGGGUCAAGCCUGCGCCGCCUCCACCCAAGCCUAACAAUCCACCUGAAGUGAAAGAGGGGAUACAUGAUAAUGGCGAUCAGGAGCGGACCAAGCGGGAUAUAGCGGGGCAAGCUUGA